GUUCUUAUACAGCAGACACACGGCAGUCGAGUAUAGCGAUAAGCUUUCGUGCAUUCGCGAUAUAAAUGUGACUCUUCACCGACCGGUCGAAACAGAAGCGAUCGAAAGUUGCCUCAGUACAGUUCGUAUAACAGUAUAAACCAAGUUUGAAAUCAAGCCAGUCCACAGCAUGUCGAAAGCAGCGUGUCUAUUUCUCGGCCUGCUCGCCCUUGUGGCUUGUGCCAACUCUACCCCGUACUACGUCUCCAGCUACAGCUCCAACUACAACAACAACAACAACAACGGCUACUACGCCAAGGCCAACCAGUCGCACAAUCUGAUAAUGGGCGUGCGCCAGCCGGGCGACCGUCUCAUCUACCAGGAGAGCGUCGUCAAGCCGUCCAAGUUUCUGCAGGUGAUCCAGGUGGAGAAGAGCUUCAACGUGAGCAACGGCUACUACUUGACGCAGAUCCGCGCCAUGGACCAGAAGACCAACGGCAACGGGGCGUUCGCGACCCGAGUGCGCGGCGGGCCCGGCUACAACAACGUCACCCUCAGCUUCAAGAGCCAGCGCGGCCACGGCAUCAAUUUCCUCGUCCAGCUCUACGCCAGGUCCAGAUAUUAUCAUUGAAGAACGGCGAUACAAUAAUCGAGUCGAUGUUGCGCGCGAUACACAAAAGUAUUUUGUUGUUACAGUUGAAUAAAUUAAUAAAACGCGCGUUGUUUGCGCAAGCUGAUAUAUUAACGCGCAGCAGUCGCGAGGCCGUGUGUGUGUGUAUGAAUGUACGUUGUAAGCUCCGUAAUUGUGCGCGAUUUGUAAAAUAUAAAACGUCGAUUGUUAUUGUGAUACAAAUAUUAUUAUACAUAUAAUUAUUUAUAUACGUAUUGUAGAUAUUCUCGAUCGAAUAAAAGGUAUACUCGUUUACAAUGAUAUAUAUUUUCCAAA